CGAGUUUGGUUCGUGACACAAUGGAUCCUUCAAAAUUUCUUUUUGAUAUCGAAGCUUACAAAAGACGGUCUGAAAUCGAAGAGAGGUAUAUCGUCAACCGGUUCAGGGAGCGACGAAACCAAAUAGAGGAAAGAUAUACACCUCGUGUCAAGAGAAAAUAUCAUGCAGCGGCAAACCAAGGAUCAACUAAGUGUUCGGGCAGUGAAGAGUGGAAUGAAUUCAAACAAUAUAGGGAGAAAGAGUUUGAACGAUUGGACAAAAUAGCCAUGAGGCAAGAGGAGACUAACCAGGCUAAGAAGAUGGAGAUGUUUAUGAAGCUAAGUUCAAAGGAGCAUCUCGAUGAUCGGUGCAAAGAGAUGUUGGAAAAGUUGGGUCGCGAUCUGUUUGGAAAUUAAAUGUUGUCAAGUCAU